CCUCCUCCUCUUUAGGGUACUUCGCCAGAUGGUGCAGCCUUUUCUUUUGUUUACCCAUCGUCCCUGAGUUUACCUAAUUCACCCUGGAUACUAAAGUAUGGACAGGCAGCCCCACCGCCGGACAGCGACAAGUAAAACAGACAUGAUAUUGGGAGAGAGAGAAACCACUACGAGAGGAAUUGUGAGCCAGACCAAGCUUUCACCCCUCUGCUGCAUGUAAGACUGACACCUGUUUUCAGGCAGGUCAGCGUAAAAUCAUUUCAACAACACGAUACAUAUUGUAAGUGGCUGUGUUCCUAGCUCUAGCUGAGGCAAGGGACAAAACAAUGACUGAUUAAAACCUGCUUAAUCAAAUGGACAAGAGGAAGUUACCUGGCACAAUGUUCAGGCAAGGGGAUGCCACAUCCAAAAGACGCCCCUGUGGUGGAAGUGGGCUCAACCAGCUUCAACCGCCGUCUUCCUCCACCCAGCAAGGUCGUAUCCGGGCUGUAGAGGUGGCAAGAGGAAGGACAGGGUAUGGCUUUACACUGUCAGGCCAAGGCCCAUGUGUGCUCAGCAGCAUUCUGAAAGGGAGCCCCGCAGAGUAUGUAGGUUUGCGUUCAGGAGACCACAUUCUCUCUGUUAAUGACAUCAAUGUGUCCAAGGCAUCCCACGAAGAUGUGGUCAAACUUAUUGGACGCUGUUCUGGCAUCUUGAAACUCGUCAUCGCAGAGGCCGAGCGUCACAGGCGGCACCAUCACCACCACCAGCGCUCCGCUGGAAGUCGUCACAAUAACAGCAAUGCGACGGCAGCAUCUUACCCGGACUCCUGCUCUAGUGAGGAUGAGCUGGAUGGCUUCUAUGACAAAAGCGCUAACAACAACAAUAACAGCAGGUCGGGCUGUGGAGCCCGAGGAGGCUGGUACAAACCCAAGCCAGAUUCUAAACAGCAGGGAAUUAACAGGGCAGAGAAGGUUGUGGCAGAGCUGCAGUCCGGAGGCAUUUUUAACAUGAUAUUUGAAAACUCCAGCCACUCCUCCAGCAGUUCGGACAAGGAGAGACCGAGGAUUAGCUCAUCAUCAAAGCCACGUCCCCUGUCUGACCCGGAGUUCCCUCCGUAUCAGAACCCCCGUUUCCACAGCAACCCCAACCUUCUCUCUGAAGAAGAGAUGGCCCAAGUUCUAAAUGACGACUCAGUCUUUCUGGACUCAGACUUUCGUCAGCUCCACCUUCACCACCAUGAAGAGCAAGACUUGGAUGUAGAAGAUGGGGGUGACUUGGUCUUAGAGCCCAACGAGGGCAUCUUAAAUGUGGGCAUGAUUGUUGGCUAUUUGGGCUCAAUUGAGCUGGCCUCCUCAGGGAUGAGUUUAGAGAAUGACAGCCUGCAAGCAAUAAGAUGCAGCAUGAGGCGUCUCCGGGCAGAACAGAAGAUCCACUCACUGGUUCUUAUGAAGGUCAUGCAUGACAGUGUGCGUCUGUGCAGUGACAGAGGUCAAGUUCUGGCAACCUAUCCUGCAGAAAAACUAGCCUUCAGCGCCUGUUGUCCUGACGACCGCCGAUUCUUUGGACUGGUCACAAUGCAGACCACUGACGACCAGGAAGAUUGUUACUUCAGCAAUGGACAAGAUGAAGAGAGCAGUUUGAGGACUUCCUGUCACGUGUUCAUUGUGGAUCCGGACCUCUGUUACCACCAGGUCCAUUUAGGAGUAGCAAGGAGGUUUGGCUUUGAGUGCACCCCCGACCCAGACACAGGAGGCUGCUUGGAGUUCCCACCCAGUUCUCAGCCUCUCCUUCAGUUUGUCUCUGUCCUCUACCGGGACAUGGGAGACAACAUUGAGGGGGUGAGGGCUCGUGCAUUCAAUGAUCCAGACAAUGAUGCUCAGCAGAACCACAGCACCAGCAGCAACAGUGACAGUGGUAUCUGCAACUUUUUGCCAGAAGAGAAGAGCAACAGGGUACUUUUAGUAGACCUCGGAGGUCCUUCAAACCACAACCACAUCUCUGGUCUACGCAACUGGGACAGCCCACCUUCAUCUCAGCAGGCCUGGAGUCCCACCCUAGGAGCUGCAGCCCCUCACUCACCGCCUCCUCCGCCAGCUCUCAGGAAUGGCCACUACCGUCAUGAACAACACCUGGCUGACCUCCCUCACCCUCUCCCAUUGGCUCACACUGAUGUUCCUGGCAGGCUUUCUCGAGGGGUCCACCCACAACACUAUUCACAAGGAAAGCGGGGAGGGGCUGUUGUGGGAGGUGAAAAGAGAGGGGUAGGUGGAGUAGGGUUGGAGCAGCAGCGGUGGCUGCCAGUCCAUGUGCUGAGAGACUGGCGCCAGCAGCACCACCACAGCCACCUCCAGGGUGUGAGCAGUGAUCAGGAGUCCUAUGCAGAAUCCACUGACGGAUGGUCUUCAGCUAAUUGCAGCACCCUGCCCCCACCCAUGAACAAGAUCCCUGCCGACCGCUACCGGGCCCCACUGGCCUCUGGAGAUCACCUGCCACCACCUGGAGGGAGUCAGCCUCCUCCGCCUUCCCAUCCCCACUCUCACACCCACCGGCUUGCUGUUCAGAAAGAUGAGUGGGCCAAGAAGCUUUUUGGUGCUGGGGACAGAGAAAGAGCUGGAGCUGAACGAAAUGUCCGAGAGAAGAAACGUGGCAAUGCAAAGGAGGGAGAGAAAAAGGGUAGCCGGUUCCGGGGUCUGACCAUGGGCUUCCCUCCUCUCGCCCAGCGCUCAUCAGCCAGACGCUCCUUUGGACGUUCCAAACGUCUCAGCCUGGCUCGCUCUCUGGAUGACCUUGAGUCUGCUGCAGUCUCCGAUGGAGAACUCAACAGUGUAGAGCUGCAAGGUUGCAGCAGUGACAACAGUCUGAACAGCAAUGCCAGCCUGCCCAGCGUUCAGAGCCACCGACGCCACACUGAGAGGAGAGUGGCCAGUUGGGCUGUGUGCUUCGAGAGACUCCUGCAGGACCCUGUGGGAGUCCGCUACUUCUCGGAAUUCCUUAAGAAAGAGUUCAGUGAAGAGAAUAUUCUGUUCUGGCAGGCAUGUGAGUUCUUCAGCCACGUCCCCGAGAAUGACAAGAAGCAGCUCUCUCAGCGUGCGAGGGAGAUCUACAACAGCUUCCUUUCCAGUAAAGCCACUACACCAGUAAACAUAGAUAGUCAAGCUCAGCUCGCUGAUGACAUACUAAACGCCCCACGGCCUGACAUGUUCAAGGAGCAGCAAUUGCAGAUCUUCAACCUGAUGAAGUUUGACAGCUACACCCGGUUCCUGAAGUCUCUGCUGUAUCAGGAGUGCAUGCUGGCUGAGGUGGAGGGGAGGCCCCUGCCUGACCCUUACCACAUCCCCAGCAGCCCAACCUCCAAACACAGCACCACUGGCUCCGACCGCUCCAACAUCUCCACACCCAAGAAGGAGGAGAAAAAGAGCAAGUCUGGCCGAUCUUUAAAUGACGACAGUCGGGAUGAGUCAGGAGACCGGAAGAAAGGCAUGUUCUUUUCCUGGUCCCGCAACAGGAGCUUUGGCAAAGGCCCUAAGAAACGAGAGCUGGCCGACUUCAACUACAAUUUCUCUGGCAGCAAUGGUCGCCGUGAAUCCCAGGGGUCACUGUCAUCGGGAGCAAGUCUGGAACUGGGGACAUCAGGAUUGGGGAGGAACGAGGGUGAAGUUUCCCGCGGCGCAGUAUCUAUGUCAAGCAGCGCCACCUUGAGGCAGUGUAACAUAAGCUUGCCUGAUGGAUCAUGUUGCCCUGUGCCACUCAGGGCUGGAGUGUCUAUCAGGGACUUGCUGCUAGGCAUCUGUGAGAAGCUCUGCAUCAACCUGGCAGCUAUAGACCUCUUCCUGGUUGGGGGGGAAAAGCCACUUGUUCUGGACCAAGAUUGUAUGACUUUGUGCUCUCGUGAUCUCCGACUGGAAAAACGCACUCUCUUCAGACUCGACUUGGUUCCCAUUAACCGUUCAGUGGGCCUGAAAGCAAAGCCUACUAAGCCAGUGACUGAGGUCCUUCGGCCAGUGGUGGCCAAAUAUGGCCUGCAUCUCUCUGACUUAGUGGCGCGCAUUAGUGGGGAGACGGAGCCAUUAGAUCUAGGUCUUCCCAUAUCAAACCUGGAUGGGCUGCGAGUAGUAUUAGAUAUCGCAGAACAUACUCCCGAAAAAGACAAACAGAAAGCAGCUCCCUCAAAGAGUCAUGUCCCGACUUCAGCAAGCAGAAACCAGUCAUCCUCAGGGAAGGACAGGCCGUCAGGGAAAUCUGUUUCAGCCCACCCCAAUGGGGAAAAUGGCAAGGCUGGGCCCAACCCUGACACAAGCAGCCAGCCCUUACCCAACCACUCAGUCUCUCUCCAUAAGGCUCCGGAGAAAAGAAGGCAGAAAAAGAUUAAUAUAGACGAAGCUGAAGAGUUCUUCGACCUCAUAUCCAAAGCUCAGAGCAAGCGAGCAGACGACCAGCGAGGCCUGCUAAACAAAAGUGACCUGCAGCUCCCAGACUUUCUGCGCCUGUCGCCCGUGGCAACCAACCAGGCUGGGCCUCCUCUUUAUGAAACUGAGCCAGGUUGCUCAACUCCUCAUUCCCGUCACUCCAACAAUGGCAGCUUCCCUAGCAGCGGUCGCCAGGGCACCAAGGCAAACAGUAAUGACAGGGGAGGAGGCAGCACCCACUUGCUCAGCGCGAGCCAUCAUUCCCAGAGUUUGGACUCUGCACUGGGCAAUGAGAGUAGAAGGGGGAGGAAAACCAGUCUCCAGCCUCAAUUUCCCGGCACCAUCUCCCCCAUCCAUCCAUCCCAGGGUGCCCAGUGUGGUUUCCAUCUAGACUCUGUCAGGGGAGAAUCCGUCCAGAUGCUGGAGGAGGACACCCUGUCUGACCUGACUCUUGUUGGAGAAGGGGACAUUAACUGCACCAGCCUAAACUACGUCACUCCCUCAGCCCUAGAGUGCAACCCCCAUCCCCGGCAAGAAGCACAAGAUGGUCAGCCAAGCUCAGGUACUUCCCCAGUGUGAACUCUUGAAACUUUGGACCCAAUAAAGUCAGCUUGAAGUACCUUGUUGGUUUUUGGCCCAGAAUGCAUCCUGCUUUCCCCUCUUGAUUUCAUAAAUCACUUUCUUAAAUUUAAACAAAAUAAUAGAACUUUAAAAUACAUAUUGAAUUGUAAAUACAGUAAAUAUUGUAAAGCUGAAUAAUUCAUGAUUUGAAAUGGUGAAGAAUGUACUAGCCUGUCACCAGCAUGUACAGCAAGUCAACAACAGCCUUAAGAGAAAAAAAAGUCAGGCACAUGGAGAAAGGAAAGAUUGAUGCAUUAUGCACAUGCGUGUGUGUGUGUAUAACUUGUCCAAGUUAUUUCUUUGCAUGGAGUGUAUCUGUGUGACCUUUUCAGCUGCUUGCAGUGGAUUUUCUUCUGGAAAUGUUAGCUUUAGGUUUAGUACAGGAUGAAUUGUUAUUGACUCACGUCAUCAAUCCUGAUUCCCACCUCCAGUGUACAGAAUCUAACAAUGCACUUUAGCCAAAUAUAAACACAAUCACAAUCAUUCCACAUCUUUAAGAAUCAUUUUCUACCUUCUUUUUUGCAAACUUUGACCAGUCAAAGUUUCAGUUUAUUGCUACUAAGUUUGAGCUGCUAUCAAGCAGACAAACACUCGUUUUCUAAUAAUCAAUUGAUGCUCUAAAUCCACACAAGUAUGAAGAAUACAUCACUACACCUUUGGGUUGACCACGUUUUUAUUCACAACUCAUUACUUUUUUCUCGGACUCUGCAUUUUAGUUUAGUUUAACAUAUUCUCAGACACAAGCAAAGUUUUUUUCUGUUUCCAUCACUUUUCUCUCCCUCAGGCAUUUCUCGUCUCAUGAAAACAGACUUAGCGAAUGAUAUACAUGCAAUCUUGUUGUUCAGCAAAUUAUAUGAAAGCAUCUGCACUGAGCAGUUUUCUGUUUUUCAUCUCCAGAAAUCUUCUUUACACUUCAUCAAACAGCAGCAUAUUUAUUCCUUAUCCACAGUCGAGCAAUUCUUCAGUGUUUUGAACUGUCUUUUCUUGCUAGAUUUUAGCUGGAAGAUUUGGACUUACAAGUCUAAAAAGGUUUUACUCUUAUUUUAUCCUUCUUUUCACUUUUAUGAUCCGUCAGUUAAGUAUUAAUUCUUAUAUGCUCGUCUUUGUUAAAUCACUGAUCCUCUGUUCUGCUCAGUUAACUGCUCUGUCUGUACAUAGAUCAAAUAAAUGUUUAAAAGGUUGAACUCUC